CAGCCAUGAGGUAUGUCCAGAUGGUGCUUGCUGCUGCCAACGGGAGGAAGAUCGAGAACGAGCCGCUGGCUCAGUCUCUGAGUGAUCUCAAGGGGCUGCUGUACGACGCCGAGGACGUGAUGGACGAGCUCGACUACUACCGCCUCAAAGAACAGGUCACAAGUGAUAAUACUGCAACUUCAUCCGUGUGGUGGUUUAGCUCCAUUAUUAAACAAUUGGGAAGCACUUUAAUCGACAAAUGUGGUAACUUUGUCUCCACGGGCAACUCGAGUAGAAAAAGGAAAAGAGAAGAUGACCACAAGAUUGCUGCCUACACGCAUCUGGGAAACAAGAGUGAGUUUUCUGGCAAUACUAAGGACGGUACAGCUACUGCUGCCUACACAUACCUUGAAAACAAGUAUGAGUUUUCUCGUAGGAUACAACUCAUUGCUGGUAAACUACGAUAUGUUGGCCAUGAUGUCAGUCGCACUCUCAAAAUAGAUGUAUCGAACUUCGUUGUAACUUCAAGUUUGAGUCAGAGUACACCCCAGGACACACGUCUAACAUCAUCAUAUCUUGUUGAGCCCAAAGUGUACGGGAGGCAUUCAGAGAUGGAAUCCAUCCUAAAGCUAAUGGCAAGUAACAGAUCCAAUGGCAUAACUGUUCUACCGAUUGUAGGCAUAGGAGGCAUUGGGAAGACAACUCUGGCCCAGCUUGUGUACAAUGAUCCAAUAGUUGCAAAUCAGUUUCAGAUCAAGAUAUGGGUUUGUGUGUCUGAUAACUUUAAUGUACUUAGGCUGACAAGGGAGAUGUUAGACUGUGUCUCUAAACAAAGGCAAGCAGAAACAAGCAACUUGAACAAGCUUCAGGAGGAUCUAGAGAAACACAUGAAAUCUAGGAGGCUUCUAAUGGUCUUGGAUGAUGUCUGGGAUGACAUGAACGAACACUCUUGGAACAAACUAUUAGCUCCUUUGAAACGUAAUCAGGCAAUGGGUAAUAUGAUACUUGUGACAACUCGAAAAUUGCCUGUUGCAGAAAUGACAAGGACAAUUGAACCAAUCAUGUUGGGUGCUUUGGAAGGGGAUGAUUUCUGGCUACUAUUUGAAUCAUAUGCAUUUGGUGAUCAACAAUAUGAAGAUCAAAGGUUGUACAACAUUGGGAAGCAAUUAGCUCAAGAUUUGAGGGGGAACCCAUUAGCAGCAAAAACUGUAGGUGCACUAUUAAGAAGGGAUAUUAACUUUGCUUAUUGGACUAAAAUUCGAAAAAGUGAAGAAUGGAAAUCCCUAAAAGAAAGUGAAGGCAUCAUGUCUACUUUAAAGCUGAGCUACGAUUGCCUACCAGGCCACUUGCAGCAUUGCUUCAGGUAUUGUUGUCUGUUCCCCAAGGAUUAUCACUUUGAUGGAGCAGACUUAGUCAGAAUUUGGAUUUCACAAGGGUUUGUGGAUGGUAGCCGUACCAGUAAAAGUCUAGAGGACAUAGGGAAUGACUAUUUGGCUGAUUUGGUGGACUCGGGCUUCUUUCAGAAAAUUGAAGGGGACUGGAAUUUUCCGGAAUGCUUUGUCAUGCAUGAUCUUAUGCAUGAUUUAGCAUGGCAGGUUUCAAGAGCUGAAUUUGGCUCUAUAUAUGGCUGGGACUGUGAAGAAAUCUUACCAACUGUGCGCCAUCUAUCAAUAGUUAUGGAUUCUACAUUUUCUCAUGAAAAUAUUAAAAAAAAACUGUGGCAAAUUAAAUCUGUGAGAAAGCUGAGGUCCUUGUUGUUAAUUGGCCAUUAUGACCCCUCUUUUUUCGAAGACUUCCAGAAUAUGUUCAAAGAGGCCGGAAAUUUACGUUUGCUGCAAAUCUCUGCAACUUAUGUUGAUUUUGUUUCCUUCCUGCGCAAUUUGGUAAAUUUUUCCCAUCUUCGCUACCUGAAACUUGAGAACAAAUGGAUUGGUGAAGAUUUGUCGAUACCUAUGAGCAAGUUUUACCAUCUUGAAGUAUUAGAUGCUGGACACCCAACUAUAGUUCAUGGUAUGAAUGAUCUUGUCAGCAUGAGGUAUCUUGUUGUGACAAAGGGAGCACGCUCUUCUGUUACUAGUGUUGGUGAAAUGAGCAAUCAUCAAGAUGUGCUGAAUUUCACAGAUCAAAAUUCUAGCUGCUCUGAGAUAACACAACUUCAAUUCAUGAACAAGCUUGUACAACUCGGUGUGUUUCAACUCGAAAAUGUCAGUAGCACCGAGGCUUAUGGUGCAAAACUGAGAGAUAAACAACACUUGCAAAAGCUGCACUUGUCUUGGAAGGAUACUUUGUCACAGGAUGGAUAUGCUAGUGACACAAGCUUUGAACCUUUUAGGGACAUAGAAACAGAAAAGGACAGCUCGCCAAUUGAUGAUAUUAACAAUGACCAAAGUUCUGAACCUUCUGCAGACACAGCAAGAGAGGUUCUUGAGGGUCUUGAACCACAUCACAACCUAAAGCAUCUACAGAUUUCUGGGUACAGCGGUGCUACCUCCCCAGCUUGGCUUGGUACUUCAGUUUCCUGUUUGCAGACGCUUCAUCUCGAGGAUUGUGGAGAAUGGCAAAUACUUCCAUCUCUGGGAAGGCUAUUGUUUCUUACAAAACUGAAGUUAAGGAAUAUGCAGAAAGUAACAGAAGCAUCGAUUCCUUCACUGAAGGAGCUGGUGCUGAUUGAAAUGCCAAAGUUGGAGAGAUGUUCCUGCAAUUUCGUGAGGGACUUGAACUCUAGUUUAAGGAUACUGAAGAUUAAGAGAUGCAGUGAACUGAAGGUCUUUCCUCUCUUCGAGAGCUGCGAGAAACUCAAAAUCGAGAAGAAGUCAUGGUUGUCCCAUCUUAGAGAGCUUACCAUCCAUGAUUGUCCUCAUUUAAUGAUACCAAAUUCUCUACCACCUUCAAGUAGCAUCUGUAAACUAUCCGUCGCAAGAGUUUCAACACUUCCAUCAAUGGAAGGAUCAUCCAACGGAAAAUUGAUAAUUGGAAUGAUUUCUUUAAAUAAGGAUUCCGAUGGGCUGACAAACCUGGACGACAAAAUUGUGUCAUUCCAUAAUCUGAGGGCCCUAACUCGUUUGCAAAUAGGACAGUGCCCAAACCUAUCGUUUAUUUCACUCGAAGGUUUCAGGCAACUCAUCAACUUAAAGAGUUUGGAAAUAGAGUACUGCAGAAAACUUUUCUCUUCAGUUGUUUUGCCAGAGCAUACCCAUGAAUACAUGGCAGACGCAAAUUUCAUUGCCCUCCCAUCUCUCAAGCAUCUCAAGAUUAAUAGAUGUGGAAUAACCGGAAAGUGGCUAGCUGUGAUACUGAAACAUGUGCUGGCCCUAGAGGAGUUGCAUUUAGAACAUCUGAAUAUAUCAGGGCUAUUGAUAGAAGGGAAAGAGAGUAGUUUAUCACAUCUCACCUCAGCUCCACAGGUUUCAUCACCAGCAAAUCGAGAUGACGCAAUGACAAGCUCAACAACAGACGGGCUGCUGCGUGUUCCAUCAAAACUCAUCCCUUCUCUCAAGAGGAUGUCUAUAUGGGAUUGCCGCAACCUAACAUUUCAGAUGAGCAAGAAAGGUUUCGCUGGAUUCACCUCCCUUGAGGAGCUAACAGUUUGGGAAUGCCCCAGGCUGAUAUCGUCUUUGGUGCAUAAAGACGAAAACAAUGACCAGGGAACCGGAAGAUUGCAUCUCCCGCACUCACUUGGCAGACUUAGGAUCAACCAUUCCACAGAAAUUCUGCAGCCCCGCUUUGACGAGAACCACACCUGCCUGAAAAAAUUAGAAGUAUGGAACAGCCCAAGUUUGAGAUGUCUACAGCUAGAUUCCUGCACAGCACUGGAAGAGAUGGCGAUUGGUGAUUGUGGAUCGUUCGCCGUGCUAGAGGGCUUGCAAUCCCUCAGCGGUCUCAGGUAUUUGAUAGUAUGCUGCUGCCCUGGUUUACCUCCAUGUUUGGAGCAUCUGUCAAGGCAGGGCUAUGAGCUGUGCCCUCGACUGGAAACGCUUCAGAUCGAUGACUACUCUUUCCUUACCAAGUCAUUCUGCAAGCACCUCACAUCCCUCCAACGCCUACAAUUGCACGCUUUGUCCAGACAAGUUACGAAACUAACAGAUGAGCAAGAGAGUGCGCUUCGGCUCCUCACAUCCCUGCAGGAGCUCGAUUUUUGGAGUUGCCGAAGUCUAGCAGAUCUUCCUGUGGGUCUGCACAGCCUUCCCUCCCUCAAGAGGUUGAAGAUCUUCAAUUGCGAGAGUAUCUCAAGACUGCCACAGAUGGGCCUCCCACCUACGCUGGAAGAGUUGGAUGUUAGCUGGUGCAGCGAUGAGCUAUCUGAGCAAUGCAGAAAGCUAGCAACAAGCAAGCUAAAGGUCAAAACUGAUUACUGAUUACAGGGUGGUACGUGAACUGAUUACUGGGUGGCUUGUUAAGCACACGUUUCUACCUGAGCAGCAGGUAUGCUUCUACGGUUGAUCAUAUUAUCUUCGGGCUCUGCAUAUCCUCAGUGAGGCUAAAGCACGCAGUCUCCUUGCAGGCGUUCAAGCAAGUACAUACCAGUGCUGCAGUGGCGUUGAGAAAAUUUGUGUGCUAUCAUGUUCAACGAGGUAACUGUUUUGCUGUCACAAGACUGAAAAGACUCUGUCUCGUUCAAAAGGAUGAUUAUCGCUUAUUUCGGUGACUUCAGAAGGGACGCCGAGAUAUAUCUGAAGAUACAUUGUGCUUUUCAUAAACAAAAUUUGGUGUAAAUAAGCGUAUCUAAAAUUUUCUUGCUAACCA